GAGAACAGAGGUGAAGCAAUGGAGAGCAGCGAAGAAGAAGAGGACUUCCCAUCACUAGAGAGCAUCACUCCCCAGUCCAAAGUCGACUCUCUUUACCAAUCCCACACCGAAAAGGGAAUUAGAAAGCUAUGUUGCGAGCUGCUGGAUUUAAAGGAGGCGGUGGAGAACUUGUGUGGAAAUAUGCGGACCAAAUACCUGGCUUUUCUGAGAAUAUCUGAGGAGGCUGUUGAAAUGGAGCAUGAGUUGGUUGAGCUCCGAAAGCACAUUUCAUCUCAAGGGCUUCUUGUUCAGGAUUUGAUGACCGGUGUAUUCCGUGAAUUGGAAGGAUGGAAUCAAUCUAAUACUGAUGAGAUUUUAGAGUUUCAUGAACUUCAGGAUCCCUUACCAAUUGAAGAAGAUGAUCACAAGAUAUUUCUGGACAAAAUUGAUGUUCUCUUAGCUGAACAUAAAGUGGAAGAAGCAUUAGAGGUUUUAGAUGCUGAGGAGAGAAACUCUCCCGAUCUGAAGAAUUCAGCAGAUUCUUCAUCAACUCAAGGAUCAAUUUACAGAUCGGAUUUCUUAAAAAGGAAAGCAGUGCUUGAGGAUCAGCUAGUAGAGAUUACUAAACAACCUUUUAUAAGUUUUGUUGAGCUGCAAAAGGCUUUAACUGGGUUAAUGAAGCUUGGAAAAGGUCCUUUAGCACAUCAAUUACUGCUGAAAUUUUAUGGGUCCCGUCUUCAAAAAAGCAUUGAGGCUCUCUUUCCGUCUUGCUCUGUGUGCCCGAAGACGUAUCCAGCAACAUUAUCCAAGCUCGUAUUUACUAUAAUUUCAUCAGCAACCCUGAAAUCUGGUUUAAUUUUUGGUGAUAAUCCUGUGUAUACAAAUCGAGUCGUUCAGUGGGCAGAGUGGGAAAUUGAAUAUUUUGUACGGUCAGUGAAAGAUAAUGCACCAUCGUCUGAAACAGCUUCUGCUUUAGCCGCAGCUAGCAUUUGUGUUCAGGCUAGUCUCAGCUACUCCUCAGUGCUGGAGAAGCAAGGUCUGAAAUUGUCAAAAUUAAUUUUGGUGCUGUUGCGGCCUUUCAUUGAUGAAGUUUUAGAAUUGAACUUUAGACGGGCUAGAAAAUUUGUUCUUGACUUGGUGGUAGCUGAUGAGUGCAUGUCAUUCUCACCUCGCUUCGCACCUCCAUUGUCUGCAUUUACAACAUCAUCAGAGGGCGUUCUUGUCGAUAGCGGGAUAAGAUUUAUGUGCAUUGUUGAAGAUAUAUUGGAACAGUUGACCCCUAUGAUCAUUUUGCAUUUCGGGGGAAACAUAUUGAGCAGGAUUGGAACUCUUUUUGAUAAAUACAUGGAUGCCCUAAUCAAAGCCCUGCCAGAAUCAUCUGAUGAUGACACUCUUACAGAACUCAAGGAGUUUGUACCCUUUAGAGCUGAAACAGAUUCAGAACAGCUUGCUAUUUUGGGAGUUGCAUUUACCAUUGUGGAUGAAUUACUACCGAAUGCUGUAAUGAUCCUCUGGAAGCUGCAGAGUGAAAAUGUGGAACCAAAAAGUGGACCUGCUGAGAAUGUCUUGUCUAGUCCAAGCACUUCUACAGAGUUCAAGGAGUGGAAACGCCAUCUUCAGCAUUCGUUUGACAAGCUAAGAGACCAUUUCUGCCGGCAAUAUGUCUUGAGUUUUAUUUAUUCAAGAGAAGGAAAAACACGAUUGGAUGCACAGAUAUAUCUAAGUGAGAACGGGGAUGAUUUGCAUUGGGACUCUGACCCUUUGCCUUCGCUUCCAUUUCAGGCACUAUUUGCAAAGCUGCAGCAAUUAGCAACUGUAGCAGGAGAUGUAUUACUUGGAAAAGAGAAAAUACAGAAAAUUUUACUUGCUAGGCUCACAGAAACUGUUCUAAUGUGGUUGUCUGAUGAACAAGAGUUUUGGAGUGUCUUUGAGAAUGAUACAUGUCCGCUUCAGCCAUUUGGGUUGCAGCAGCUUAUUCUUGACAUGCACUUCACUGUGGAAAUUGCACGGUUUGCUGGUUACCCAUCACGGCAUGUCCACCAAAUUGCAUCAGCCAUCAUUGCUCGUGCUAUUAGAGCCUUUUCUGCUAAAGGGAUUGAACCACAAAUUGCACUUCCGGAGGAUGAGUGGUUUGUUGAAACUGCAAAGUCAUCAAUAAACAAGCUACUUCUGGGAACCGAAGGGUCAGAUAUGUCUGAAGCUGACCAAGAUCACAUCAAUCUGCACGGCCAUAUCAUGGAAUCAGAUGAUGAUGAGGAUGAUGAUUCUGACUCUUCCCUCUCAUCACUAGAGUCUACUGAGUCUUUUGCUUCUGCAAGUAUGGGUGAACUUGAUAGUCCAAGGAAUUCUGAUGAUUAGAGCGCUUAAAUUCCUGAGUCAGCAAUCCAGACCAUAAUGAAAAGAAAGGAGUUCCAUUCUGUAGAAUAUAUAUCUACUAUUGAAAUCAAUCUCAAAAGUUCGUGUAUUAAUGAAUGAAAAUUGUACUAUUGUUUUGAAAAACCAUUCCUCCCCAUCUCCUAGUCUAAUCCAUUAUUAGUUGGUCAUG